AUGAACGUUUCCCAGGUUUCAUAUUUCACUCUGAGCGCCUACUUUGACAUCGGCCUGUUUAAGUACGUCGUUUUCCUGGUCAUCAUGUGUGUUUAUAUGUUCAUUGUUGGCUCCAACGUCCUGCUGAUCGUGGUGAUCAGUGUGAACCGGAGCUUGCAUGAACCCAUGUUCCUGUUCCUCUGCAGCCUGUUUGUGAACGAACUGUUGGGCAGUUUGGGUUUGUUCUUCCUGCUGGUCCAGAUCCUCUCUGAUGUUCACUCUGUUUCUGUUCCUCUCUGCUUCCUGCAGAUCUUCUGUGUUUACAUGUAUGUGAAUGUUGAGUUUUAUAACCUAGCCGUCAUGUCUUAUGACCGAUACCUGGCCAUCUGCCGCCCUCUGCACUACAGCACACAGAUGUCCCUCAGCAUGGUCGUUAAGCUGGUGGCGCUGUUGUGGUGUCUCCCAUUUGUUGUCAUUGUGGGCAUGAUUUCGCUGAAUGUCUCCUCUGCGCUGUGUGGGAACGUCAUCGAUAGAGUUUUCUGCAACAAUUAUUUCAUUGCGUUGUUGUCCUGCAGCAGAGCGACGGCCAGUAACGUCUACGGACUGGUCUACACCUUCUCUGUGCUGUUCAGCCUCGCCGCGCUCAUCCUCUACACCUACGUGAAGAUCCUGAAAGUCUGUUUUUCUGGAUCCAAACAGACGCGGCAGAAAGCCGUCAGCACCUGCACGCCUCACCUGGCGUCGGUGCUGAACUUCUCUUUCGGCUCGUUCUUCGCGGUGCUGCAGAGCAGGUUUGACAUGAGCAGAGUUCCCAACGUGAUUCGUAUUAUUUUAUCCUUAUAUUUCAUGACCUGCCAGCCUCUGCUGAACCCACUGCUGUACGGACUCAAGCUGACUAAGAUCCAGAUCACCUGCAGAACUCUUUUCUUUGGCCAAAAGUAA